AUGUCUAAUGCGGAUCACAGGCGAGCUCCUGACAACUACUCCCAUGGUGCAGCUUCACGGACAAGACCGUCGUUUUCGUCGACAAGAACGGCUUCGAGCUCCAACACUUUGACCUCUGCAACAGUGCUCGAAACGAAUGCCACUGAAGGUUAUUCUGGUGCUACCUUUGAGACCGUUCCGAGCUCUAUAGUCUCAUUCCACCACCCGCACUCCUUCCAUUCCAAUAUCCACAGCCACCUGGGCAGCCCUGGUACUUCCCAUGAUGGGCGCGGUCGCAGAUCUCAUGAAACAGAAUCGCUUCUUUCAGGUCGCGGUUCGUUUUCUAGACCAAGGGCCUCUUCUCGAACCCCAAACUUUCGUUACUUCUCUGAGGAAGAGAUCGAACUCGCUGAAGGCGUCUCGUCAACAUUGGAAACUGCGGAUUAUGACGUAAACUGGGAUGGAACGCCGACAUACGAGCAAGAACGUCUAAACUACAAUAAUCCUUCAGGAAGAUCAUCUCUGCACAGCUCUACAGGAUAUUCUUUAACAUCCGCUCGUUCACGGCCAUCGGUACGCUCCAGAGCUUCUCCAGCGUAUGUAUCCUCCGACCACAGUCCCGCAAAUAGAGGUAUUCAGCCAACCAACCGAUCUGACCGCAUUCGUGGUACCUCCCCCCACUCCUCGUCGAGCUCUUCAAAAUACAGUUAUAGAGACAGAAUUCCUGCUCAAAUUGAAGAUGAGGCUGCAGAAAUGUCUUUGGGCAGUAGGCGGUCAUCGGAAAGUAGUACGAGUGAGCGUCGAUACGGAGAUGAUGACGAUCGCGGUUCAGAUCAAGAUCAAGGCUCUGACCGCAAAAAGAAAGGAUCCUCGUAUCAGGCUGAAUUUUUGAAGCCUGAAUAUCACGACAAGUUCUACCCCAACCAUGUACCUCACCUUCAUUAUCAACGGUUCUACAUCGCCGAAGAGGAUUUGGUGGUAGGAAUUGCUGGAUUCAGAACAUCCAGGCUUGGCAAUCUAAUUUACCACACUUUGAACAUGUUCACUUUGGGUGUAUUCUAUUUGUUGCUCAGGUGGAUUCCGCGCUACAAGGUCAGACUAUGCGGUGCCAAAACCGCCCUUGCCAAAGCUCAAUGGGUCGUGGUCGAAAAUGAAUUUGGUGAGCUGGCCAUUAUUGACGUUGAUAGAAGGUGGUAUAAUCGACCACUGAGUACAUUACUUCCAACUGAGAAGAAUUGUGGACAAGACCCUAUUCAAAAUAAUAAGCACCGCCAUCAUCACGAAAGCUCUACGAAUCCCAACAUCCCUAUUAUGAUUCAUUUCACCUACCGUUAUUUUAAUCUGGUUUACAGUCCAAUUGAAGAUGUUUUUAAAACUAACAGCAACUGGACGGACGCUGAUUGGCUAGAUCUAGGUGCAAACCAUUCUGGGCUAACCACAUCAAUGGUCGAGGAUAGAGUUUUGGCGUUUGGGAAGAAUAGCAUAAAUUUGAAACAGAAAACAACUGGUCAAAUUCUAUUUGACGAGGUGCUACAUCCUUUCUAUGUUUUUCAGAUAUUUUCUAUUUUUCUGUGGCUUGCAGACGAGUAUUACUACUAUGCGGCUUGUAUCUUGAUAAUAUCAGUUCUUUCCGUCACAGAUACUCUCAUUGAAACGAAAAAAAGCUCCCAACGGUUAGCAGAAAUAUCGUACUCGCAAUGCGAGGUAAGAGUAUACCGCGAUGGGUUUUGGGUUCAAGUGGGCUCAUCAGACCUGGUACCCGGGGAUAUAUAUGAAAUCUCGGACCCCUCGUUGACAACUUUCCCAUGUGAUUCAUUGCUGCUUUCUGGGGACUGCAUUGUAAAUGAAUCUAUGUUAACAGGGGAAUCCGUGCCCGUCUCGAAAACAUUAGCUGUUGAUGAGACGAUUUCUCAACUUCUGGAAGACUUUUCGAAUACCCAAAUUUCAAACCUUGUCGCGAAAUCGUUUUUAUUCAAUGGAACGAAAAUCAUUAGGGUUAGAAUAGGAUCUGGACAAUCUACUGCCCUCGCCAUGGUGGUCAGAACUGGAUUCUCGACGACAAAGGGCUCACUUUUGCGUUCUAUGAUUUUCCCCAAGCCGACUGGAUUCAAAUUCUACGAAGAUUCCUUUAAGUAUAUUGGAUUUAUGACGAUCAUUGCCAUGCUUGGUUUCUCCAUAAGCUGUGUUAACUUCGUCAGAUUAGGACUUGAGUACAAGGUUAUGGUGUUGAGAGCACUUGACAUUAUCACUAUUGUGGUACCACCGGCGCUGCCUGCCACACUAUCGAUUGGCGCAAGUUUUGCCAUCUCAAGGCUGAAACGCAAAGGGAUUUUUUGCAUUGCGCCAACGAGGGUAAAUGUUGGUGGUAAGAUCGAUGUAAUGUGUUUUGACAAGACGGGUACUCUCACAGAAGAUGGACUGGAUGUGCUCGGCAUUCACGUUUCUGAACCCCGGGGCCAUCAAAAUUUUAAAUUUGGCAAACUUAUAGAUAAUGUACAGAGCCUGUUUGACAAAUUUUCCUUAAACGACUGCAGCUCCCCUCUUGACUUCAAGUCGCGAAACUUCCUGGUCUCUCUCUUGACUUGUCAUUCUCUCCGCGUGGUUGACGAGGAGUUGUUGGGAGAUCCCCUAGAUUUCAAGAUGUUCCAGUUUACAAAGUGGACCUAUGAAGAGGACUUUAACCACCGUGAAUUUCGUUCUUUGAAUGAUGAGAGAAACGAUAAAAGCACACUCCCUGAAAAUAGCGAUAUUGUCCCUGCUGUUGUUCAUCCUGAUGGAAAUUCCACCGCCAACAAGUUCACGGACAACGAUCCCCAUAAUCUAUUGGGGGUUGUUCGCAGUUUUGAGUUUGUGUCCGAACUAAGAAGAAUGAGCGUCAUUGUAAAGCCAUAUGGCGACAAUGUUUUCUGGGCGUUCACAAAAGGUGCUCCUGAAGUGAUUUCUCAAAUAUGCAAUAGUUCAACUUUACCCGCAGAUUAUGAAGAGCUUCUUCAACACUACACUCACAAUGGCUAUAGAGUUAUAGCAUGUGCAGGUAGGACUCUACCAAAACACACAUGGAGAUUCGCCCAGAAAGUCUCCAGGGAAGAAUUGGAAUCAAAUCUAGAAUUUUUGGGCUUCAUUGUAUUUGAGAACAAAUUAAAGUCAGCUACAACUCCAACACUAGCCACUUUAAGAAGCGCAAAUAUUAGGAACAUAAUGUGCACUGGUGAUAAUGUGUUGACCGCAAUAUCGGUCGGCAGGGAGUGUGGUUUAGUCAAGGAAAAGCACGUCUUCGUUCCUUUCGUUAACGAAGAUGUCGGACCAAACGAGAGUUUGAUUUUAUGGCAAGAUGUUGACGAUCCUGAUUUAUCCUUAGAUGGGAUUUCUCUCCAGCCUACAAAUGGUAGUUUGGAUUACACCAUAGCUGUUACCGGCGAUGUUUUCAGGUUGUUGUUCAAAAAUAAUGAGAUCUUACCAGACUCGUACAUAAACGAGAUUCUGUUGAAAGGUUCGAUUUACGCACGCAUGUCGCCAGACGAAAAGCACGAAUUGGUCAGCCAGCUUCAGAAUUUAGACUACGUUGUUGGUUUUUGUGGUGAUGGGGCAAAUGAUUGUGGUGCUUUAAAAACAGCGGAUGUUGGCGUGUCACUGUCGGAAGCUGAAGCUUCGGUUGCCGCUCCGUUCACGUCCAAUUCUUAUGAUAUAAGCUGUAUGCUCGACGUCAUAAAAGAAGGACGCGCGUCUUUGACUACGUCAUUCUCAUGUUUCCAAUACAUGAGUUUGUACUCUGCUAUUCAAUUUGUCACUGUGACGAUAUUGUACAGCAGAGGUAUAAACCUUGGCGAUUUCCAAUUUCUUUACAUUGACUUGUUUCUGAUUGUCCCGAUUGCCAUCUUCAUGUCCUGGUCGAAACCGUAUAGUCAGAUUGUAAGAAAACGACCUUCGGCAAAUUUGGUUUCAUACAAGAUUUUAGUCCCAUUGCUGGUGAACAUUGGAAUCUUACUGGUUUUCCAGGUUAUUCCAUGGCUCUUAUGUCAACAUAUGGAUUGGUACCAGAGCCCUGUGGUUGGCGGGGAUGAUGCCGUACAGUCUUCGGACAACACUGUUCUGUUCUUUUACUCCAAUUUUCAAUAUGUUCUGACCGCCGUUCUUCUUUCUGUGGGCCCCCCGUACCGCGAGCCCAUGUCUAAGAACAUUGGUUUCAUUACGGACGUUGGCAUCUCGCUUAUUUUGAAUGUCGCGUUGAUGAUGAUUCCUCCUGAUUCGUGGUUGGGUAAUUUUUUCCAGCUAACGUGGAUAUCAAAGAAGUUCAAGGCUCUUUUAGUGGUAUUGUCUGUGUUGAACUACUACGCACAGCUUCACCUUCCAGGGAAGUGUAAAAAGAUGUUCAAAAAGAAGACCAGCAGUAAAAGGUACAAGAACAUUCUGAAUAACGAGAAACAGAGUGUCGUGUGA